CCUAGGCUCAGUUGACCGUCAGCAAUCGGAGCGAGUGAAAGAUGAUUCUCGAGGAUACGAUCAAGUUUCGCAAGAGUGCUAAAACGCCAGAGGAUGUAGCUCAAUGGCGAUUGACAUACAACUUCAUAAUAGAAACCAAGUUCUUUCUGGAACGCUAUGAUAGCAUAGUGGAAACGUGGGAUCUCUGCGACAAGCAGUUUCUGAUGCUCAUGUGGGACAUCGAAGAUCUGCUAACGCAACUGCUCUACAAAUACACCACGGUUUCGACGGAGUACAUCCGACAUGCAGCCCUACCAAAGGUCGAGAUAAAAUGCUGCGAUCAUCUGUUCGAGAGUUCCAAAGAUUUAAACAAGCAUUACUACACCGUGCACCACACACCCGGCCGAGUGAAUGAUGUGCGAUUUUGUGAAAUGAAAGCGGGCCUGUUGAAGUUGGAGUUUUAUAAGAAAAGCUUAAAGUAUUACCUCGAGUUUGGUACCUGGUGCGAUCACGUGUUGUGCUUGUACUUGAAGAAGAUCUAUCGUAAAGUGAACUUCACGCUGGAUCCAUUCCGAGAGGAACCUGUCGCAGUGCCUGCGGGCGAUAAAAAAUAAAUGAUAUGGUUAAAAUAAACAUAAACUAAACCCCCGUUGUUUUGUAAAAUAC